UUUGAUCAGUGUAUUAAAAUUCAAUGUAUAUUUAGAAAGAUUUUUUUUGUUUAUUAGGUGGUGCUGGUGGCAAAGGCGUUUGGGGAAAGUUAGGCGAAGAGAGUGAUAUCGAUGCUGCUAUUGAUAUGAAGGAUCCUAAUUAUGAUAGUGAUUUGUUGGAUGAUGACAAUAUUGUGCUGAGAGAAAUCACCCCAGAAUCAUCUGAUGAAGAACUCAAGAAUUCUAUUACAUUUAAUAUUCUCGAGUAUUAUGAACAUGGUGAUACUGAUGAAGCAGCAAUGACACUAAGCGAGCUAAACAUAGUUAGCAAAUGGCAUUUGAUAACUCAAGUUGCUGUUGAAGUAGCUCUCGAGCAUAAACCAUCACAGAGAGAAAUGACUUCAGUAUUGAUAUCAGAUUUAUAUGGGCGUUUAAUCAAGCAAAAGGAAAUAGCCCAGGGAUUUGAUGUUAUAUUGGCUAAUCUUCCUGAUCUCAUUCUUGAUACUCCUGAUGCUCCUAUUGUUGUUGGUUUGUUCUUAGCCAGAACCAUAGCAGAUGACUGUCUCCCACCAAAAAUAAUAGACUUUUUUAAGGAGAAAAACUACAGUGAUUUAGCAAAUCAAGCAUUGAUCAAGGCCCAUAACUUGUUGAAUAUAAAACACGGACUGACCAGACUUGAUAAUGUUUGGGGUGUUGGUGGUAGCCUGAGACCAGUGCAGUAUCUUGUGAGACAAAUGAACAUGCUUUUGGAUGAAUAUUUAUGUUCUGGUGAUCUACAAGAGGCUAUCAGAUGUAUUUUGGAAUUGGAAGUACCACAUUUCCAUCAUGAACUUGUUUAUGAGGCUGUUAUUGAUGUUAUUGAAGCUAUGAAUACUCAUACUGAAGUUUCUAUGUGCAAAUUACUUAAAGCAUUGUAUGAUGCUAUUAUUAUAACUCCUGAAAUGAUGAAUAAAGGUUUUGAUAGAGUAUUUGAUGUUCUUGAUGAUAUAUCAAUUGAUGUUCCAUUAGCAUCUGCUGUCCUUGAACGUUUUUUGGAUAAGUGCAUCAACGCUGGGAUUUUGCAAAGGGAUGUGUUGCUUAAAAUACCAACUAGAGCAUCACGUAAACGAUAUGUAUCUGAAGGUGAUGGUGGUCGCCUCAAAGAAGCAUAAUAAAACAAAUAAAAGAACCAUUAUCAGACCUAUACUCCUCUUCUCCUCUACCUCUAGAGUACAGUAUUUUUUUUUCUCAACUUGAUUUGAUUUGAUUUUUUUUUUUGUCAUUGUCAUUAUUUAAUAAGAUAUUAAUUAUAAAAUAUAAUUAUAUCAUUAAAAUUAAAAUCGACCUUAGAAUUUAACACUAAUUUCCAUAUUCCAACACUACUUUUAGUAAUGUAAGUAAAAAUGUGUUAUGGAUAUGCUAACAAUUGUACUACUUAGCUGUAUUAUUAUUGUUAUUAUGCCAGCUAAGUUAUUGCUUAUGAAUGUUAAAGAUAUAAUAUAUUAUUAAUACUUCAAGAAUUUAGAAUUGAUUAUAAGCAAUAUUAGUUGUCCCAAUAAUAACAUGAAUUUAUCAUUUAUUAAAUUAUUAUAUUCAUGUUUGACAUAUUAGUUUAUACUGUACUCAUUAGCAUCACGUGGUCGAAUGAAUUAGGGAGUUCUUAUUAAAAUUUAAGGUACAUUAAAAAAAAAAAACUUUCUUAACUAUAAAUUUUUUUUUAGAUUGUACAAUUCAUUGGCUUUUGAGAUAGUUUAUGCAGAUAAUUUUUUUACUACUUUUUCAUGUAAAUUUAUUCGACAUUUUAAAUUUAUGUAUUGUGUAUUUUCCAAAU